GGGCAACAUCUUCGUCGCGUCUCCGGCUCAGCGCCACUCGACCCGAAUCCCCGCAGUCCCGCAGCCAACUCGCGCAAGCAGAAACCCUAGAGAAACCCCGAGCCAGCCACCAGAUCAGAUGGCCUCCGCCGCGGGCAAGCCGAACCCCACUGCCGCCGGCGACACCAAGGGGAGGAAGCGCAAGUUCCUCCCUCACGGCAAGCCGGUGCGGAAGGGCGCGUACCCGCUGCGCCCCGGCGUGCAGGGCUUCUUCCUCACCUGCGACGGCGGCCGCGAGCGCCAGGCCACCCGUGAGGCCAUCUCCCUCCUCGACACCUUCUACGAAGAUCUGGUGGACGGGAAUGUAUCGGAUGUGAAGUCUAAAAGCAUCCCUGACAAACCAAUGAACAAGAAGAUAAAGUUUGAUGACUCUGAUUCCUCGGAUGAUGAGGAUGAAGAUCACUCAGUGGAGGAGGCUGGUAAUGGGAAUAAUGCAGAAGAGGUUGAAGCCAAGCCAUCUGAGCAGCAGCAAGAGGUUCUUGAUACCUCCGAAACUGCUUGCAAGGGCAAUGAAGAAGUAGAAACUGCUGACGGAUCAGCACCAAAGAAGCUACGUGUAGAAGACCCUCCAGUUUCCGAACUGACAGGACCAAAUGAGUCCACUGAUAAACCAACAGAGACCACUGGUAAACCCAAAGAGUCCACUGAUAAGGCAACAGAGACCAUCGAUAAACCAAAAGAGUCCACCGAUAAACCAACAGAGUCCACUGAUAAACCAAAAGACUCCACUGCUAAACCAAAAGCUUCCAAUGAUAGACCUAUUGAUGAUUUAAUUGAUGAAGACCUGAAACAACUGGGGGACAGGAAAAAGAGGCUCUUCGCAAGUCUCGAUUCAGGUUGCAACGGUUGCAUCUUCAUUCAAAUGCACAAAAGAGACGGAGACCCUGGUCCAGUGGAGAUUGUACAAAACAUGAUGUCUUCGGCUGCUUCAACUCGUAAACAUAUGUCCAGAUUUAUUCUGAGGUUUUUGCCUGCUGAGGUGGUAUGUUAUGCUUCUGAAGAGGAAAUAACAAGAGCAAUUAGUCCACUUGUCGAAAAGUACUUCCCCAAAGAAUCUCCUUCGGGACUUAAGUUUGCUGUGUUAUACGAAGCACGAUCAAACACAGGAAUUGAUAGAAUGAAAAUUAUAAAUGCAGUAGCAAAAUCUGUACCUCAGCCUCACAAAGUUGACCUCAGCAACCCUGACAAGACUAUUGUUGUCCAGAUUGCCAAGACUAUAUGCAUGAUUGGAGUGGUGGAGAGGUACAAGGAGCUUUCGAAGUUCAAUCUCAGGCAGCUGAGCUCGCCUCCGGAGAAGUAGUUUCAGGAGGAUUUUGGGUAGCAUUCAUUGAGCUUUCAUCAGAUUCAGCAUCAGUUGGUUGGUUAGUUAGUUGAACCAUGAAAAUCAAUAUCGUUGGACGCUGGCCUGAAUUGUUUAAUGUAUCACAGUUCAAAUUUUGGAACUUGAUUAAUUUGCUACAGCACGCUUGAAUAAAUUUCAUCGUACCUCUUGCAUGUUCACCUUUAUAGUUUGAGAUGAGAAUACAAGUGGUGACCAACUUUAUU